GUUUAGGACGCAGCUGCCGUGAGACAACUGAUCUUCAUACAAAAUGAGAACGUUUACACGCGAGGAAAAGUCACCGUGGAUAUAUACAUGCGGCUUCAAUCAAACAUCGACCGUUGCAGUGACGUCGCUUUAAAGUUACUGUUAUUAAAGUUAUUGUAAAUAAUUUGUGGAGGUCCGUUAAUUAUACAUUCAUUUGCUCCGAAACUGAUUCCUCGUGAAAGUGGCUUCAAAAGAAAUCAAUGGGGCACAACUGAAUAUAUAAAUAAACAAACACCUCCAUAUAAUGUUCUAGCAACAUCCCCGGAGCGAUACACGUGCAGACAAACACGUAAACAAAAGAUGUAAUCGGUUAGGAUUUCUUGUUAUCUUUUAUCGUUCAUUGCCGAUAAGCACGUUUGAGUCUGAAAACUAUACAUUACUUAAGAUUAUCAGCACGAGGUUUGAAAACCGAAGUUAUCUACAAAUAUCAGGAGUUUCAGUAAAUAUAUAAUACAUUAUCAUAUUUUACUUUUGUUUCCAGACUGCGGGAGGGCGGUAUAGUGCCAUGCUUCAUCCUUAAACUUCUUUAAUGGAUAAGAUAUUUAUGGGAUGAACUUCGGCGUCUCACAUAUAUAGAGUAUGUUCUAAAGUAAAUGGUUUGAACCCGGGAGUAUCGUUACAUGUUUGUAAAUGUAGAUCGUCCAGAACUUGGCAAGGCACUGGCUCGUCGCAAUAUAACACUAGUCUAUGGUGGGGGCUUGCAAGGGACAAUGGGGGUGAUAGCAAGGGCAGUUCAUGAUGGUGGUGGUAAUGUUCAAGGCAUCACACCAAGAUUCUUUCACAAAGACCCACAAUUCAUUGCAAGUGAUAUGAUUGGAGACACAAUUGUAGUAGAAGAUAUGCACACCAGAAAGAAAAUGUUCUGUGACAAGGUUGUAAACAGGGCCGGGAAUGCACAUUCUAGGAUGUGACACUCCAGUGCUGUAGAACUAAAUUUAUCAGAGUGGGGCUCUCUUGACGUU